AUGGCGAAUACGGAGAAGAGCACGGAAGCAAUCGCGCGUGCUAAGACACUGGCAAACACGCCAUGGUGCGACGACUACGAAAAGAUGAUCUCUGGGAUGAUAUACGAUUCAUUUGUUCCUGAGCUUCUAGCCGGCCGAUUACGCGCGCGUAAGCUUGUCAACAAGUAUAAUUCGCACCUGCCAGAUGAUGCGACCGACGAAUCCUUAGCUGCAGACCGGAAUGAGAUGCUAAAGGAGCUCAUCGGGCACAUUGGUGAAAGGGUGGACAUUGACCCUCCUUUCCGAGUUGACUACGGGUGCAACAUAUCUAUUGGGAAUGACUUUUACGCAAACUUCAACAUGGUCAUCUUGGACUGCGCAAUUGUUAGUAUUGGGGAUCGAACGAAGUUUGGCCCAGGAGUGAGCAUUUAUGCUGCUACACAUCCAACCGCGGUCCAGGGGAGACGAGACCUUACAGACUACUCGAAAGAGGUCAAAAUUGGGAGCGAUUGCUGGAUUGGAGGGAAUACAGUGAUCCUGCCGGGCGUGACAAUAGGUGACGGAGUCACAGUUGGAGCCAAUUCCGUGGUGACUAGAAAUAUUUCAAGCUAUUCAAUUGCUGUUGGAUCACCUGCGAGAGUGAUAAAAGGGGUUGAGCCUGUUUUGGAGAUUCGGGACGUCUAA